AUGCCGCCCGAGCGCGUGUGCCGUUUUUUCGUCUUCCUCCUGCUUUUGUGCUGCACCGAGAGGACGCACGAGAAAUCGGUGUUGGAUCCCGAGGUACAGGUGAGGGUCAAGGUCUUUGACAGCGGCAACCUUUCGCCCCUGUCCGAUGCUGCCAUCGUCGUCCAUGGCAACCAGAGUGUCCUGGCAUCCAGCCAGGGGGCCAGUGAUGAUGCGGCAGUUGUGAAUUUCCAGUACCGCAUGGGCACAUGGGUAAUCAUCACAGCGUCUCGAAAGGAUUACGUCACCAGCUCAGUGCCGUGGCACGCCAGCAAAGUGCCCUUAUUCUCCUCAGUCAGUCUGUACCUUUUGGCUCAAAGACCAGGAACCCUCAUCCUGUAUGAUGAUGUCAUCCAUGUUUUUUACGGCUCUCCAGGAGGGCGGAGCCAGCCAUGGCUGCACGUUCCAAGGCGGAGCUUGCAGUUGAACUCCUCCUUCUCUGAAAUGACUGCUGUUUUGACCACUGCCAGAGACAUGAGUGAAAUCAAUGACUUCCCCUACCUCCUGGCGCUGGAGCUCAACACCACAGGAGGAGAGAACAGCUGGACGGAUUUGACAGUUGUAGCUGCAGUCAGUGCCCAGCUGUUCGACCGGGAAGGAAAUGAAGUUCAAGUCACAGAGCCAGUUCAUUUCUCUGUUCCUCUGCCCUCCGACUCCCGUAUCCGUUCGCCCACCAGCAUACCUGUGUGGGUGUAUAACAUGAACACAGGCCUUUGGGUAAGAAAUGGGACUGGCUAUAUUAGAAGAGAUGGCUCUCAUUUUACAUGGGACUUUAUGGCUUCACGAUUGGGAUACUGGAUCGCAGCUUUCCCCUCAUCAGGACCUGGUUUGUCUCACCCGAGUCUGAGGGAUAUCACUGCAUACCAUACCCUUAUAUUGCUCUCCAUCCUGGGAUCUCUGGCUCUGCUUGUACUGGUACUACUCUGUGUUCUCCUCUACUACUGCAGACGGAGGUGCCUGAAGCCUCGGAGACAACAAAAGCAAGGGCAAGUCUCAACUGCUCUCUGCAACUCCAAAAGAGACCAGGGCACCUCCACUUCUCGCCUCAACCUUAUCUGCAGUGGUCAUGUUGAAACCACCGCCUCAAACGGCGAUCCAGAGGCCAGCAAACCUGAUGCUUCGACAUCCCACGAAUACAAGAGUGCACGUGAUGAGUUUGCCAAGCACGUACCAGCACACAAACUGCGUCAUUCGUCCAAGAAUAAACAAUCCAAAGGGGCCCAGCGAGGUGCUGAAAGCUUCCCUAUGAAGGUGCAUCGUUCCACAGACACAGGCAGCCUCGACAGUACCCUCCCCCAUGAAGACUACAGUCGCAACUACAGCCCAGAUGUCAAGGAUCAUGAGUACCGUCGCAGACAUGUCGUUAAUGAUAAUCGUGGAUACACGGCUGACCCACCUUCUCCACCCCUCUCAGACAAGCCACCAGAAUACUCGCAGGUUUCCCAAAGUCAGGACCAUCUUGCUCGUCCAACAACACUGAACACGCAACCUGGUCAGAUCAUAUUCUGCAGCUCUUUAGAUCAAAUGACAGAGAACAUGUACCGCAGCAUGGUUCCAACCCUGGUCAUUCCAGCACAUUACAUGCGUCUGUCGUCUGAGUUUGGUGGCUCUGAAGCUGCAAAGGAUGGCCAGAAUCAGGCUGAGAGGGAAAGGGAAGGCCAAGGAGGGGCAGGUAAUGGUGGUAGCGGUGGAGUUCAGAGCCAAGGUCACCAGGUCCAGAACCAGGGAUCAGGUCAGUUGCAAGCCCAGCAAGUAGUAGGGUCCCCAGACGGUUCAGAGGAGAACGUAUGGGCAUCCGGAGGUCCGUCAGCACCAGUCCACAUCCCAGUGCUCUUUAAUGAUUCCACCAUGGCCCAGAUGAAUGGAGAGCUCCAAGCACUUACAGAAAAGAAACUUCGAGAACUAGGAGUCAAGCAGCACCCUCGUGCCUGGUUCAUAUCACUUGAUGGACGCGCCAAUGCUCACGUACGCCACUCCUACAUUGAUGUUGCCUCAGAAUUUGCUCACAGUGGCGCUAACAGCAGUAACCACAGUGCUCAAAGCACCCUGAGUGCCCCUGCUGGCACCAGUAAGGAUUGCAGCCCAGACACAAGUCUCCAAGAUACUCAGCAGGAGCGCAAGCAAGUAUCCGGACGGAAGAGUAAAGAGGAACGGCAUGGAAAUGGGCGAAAGGGGCAUGGAGGAGGCAGCAGUGGUGGGAAGCAGUAUUCCAAACUCCCUUAUCAUGACCCUCUAGAUCUUGCUGGUGGAGUUGGCCGUAUGGGAGCAGGAUCACCUUUGGAAAAUCCACUGACUCCCCUCCUGGAUGAUGGUCCAGAGGAACCACGAGGGUCACCAAUGCCACGAAGAGGUCGAAGCCGGGGGAACAGCUCACGUAGUAGCAAUAGUGAGACCCAGCGGGAUUCUGUCACCAGCCCAGAGGACGAUAACGACCCAGAUGAUAAGGAUGAGAACAAGAAAAGUCCAUGGCAACGCAUAGAGGAACGCCCACUCAUGGUUUUCCAUCCCAAGAAGUAA